AUGACCACAGCCGCUACCGUCGUUGAGUCCGACGCCCAGAGGGCUCACAAGCUGUCUUCCGCGAAGAAAAAGCUCAAACGAUACCGCGCCUCAAAAUCAACCACGCAGUCUUCCUCAUCGCAUGCGUCGUCUUCGCCAUCGUCCUCACCGUCGAAGAGCUCCAGCGGGCUCCCUCUGCCUCGCCGAGUGCCGAAUGGCGCGGCGCUCCCGGAUCUGAGUGAAGCGGCAAUGGAGGAGUCCAUCUCGCAGCCGGCCAAACCCGCAGCGAGCCAGGAUGCCUUUAAUUUUAGCCAGUCCAUCUCUCGCCCCAGACAUAACAGAGUCGGCAGUCGCGCUCUUUCAUCUCAUCGUCGCCAAAACUCGUCCUUCUCGUGGCCCCGACAGGCACCGACUUCGGGCACGUCAGAGCAAGUUAACCGUCCCAGUGUCAUGGGGCUCUUCGAUGUGCCGCCUCUUGAGCACAGCAGUGAACAGACCGACGAAGGGACUGAGGGUGAGAGUGAAGGACCGUGCAGUUCUGCGGAUCACGCGAAGGGUGCACCUCGGGAAAUUGUGACGACUCCUGCAACUCCCCCUGCGCAGGCGGGCUGUCUGGCUGGAAGCGACGAGGACAAGGAGAACAACCACGACGAUGAGGAGGAGGCGGCCAUCAACCGCCUGUCUUCGUUGAGCUUCGGCUCCAAGGCUCCGCAGCAGAUGAACACCCGUCGCCGGCCGACGUCCUUCUCGCUCCGCGACACAACGCACAUGUCCUCGCACUCGUUCUCGGCCCCCUUUGUUCCCCGCCGACCGCUCUCGGCACGUCUCAUGUCGUCCUCAGCUGCUCUACCGGUUCCACUCGAUCUCUCGUCGGAACUCAGCAGGUCCACUUCUCCCCAGCCUCACCGCAAGCGCCACUCCCACAAUCGGUCCGAGUCGAUCUCUCUACCGAACCUCAAGCUGGGAGGUCGACCCACGUCUUUGCGGCUGCCGUCUCCCAACUUCACCAGCGCCUCUGCCGCCUCAUCACCGACAAUUCCGGCCUCAACGGAUCGCCGUUCGUUUGCUCCUACGACCGGUUCGCGGCUCAAGUUUGAGCCGAGUGACAAGGAGAAGGAGGAGUCGCGCCGCCGCGCCCUCGACAAGCUGACCGAGGGUAUGACCCCACCCACUGCUCCCGCUUCAAACGUGAGCAAGGGUGAGAUCGUUCUGCCUUCGUUCGACGACGACGAUGAUGAUCUGUCGACCAGCUCUUCCCGGCCGCAGUCUGCUACGUGUACGUCAGCCGCAUCGUCCAGUCGCCCCUCGUCUCUGACCGUCAACUCGGCUUCGAGCAGCUCGUUUGGCAUCUCGUCUCCGUUACCCUGGUCGACUUUCGAUGAGGCUGAUCGCUGGACGGCUGUCUCGCAGCGUUUCGAAGCUAAGGAGGAGCCACCCUUUUCUGGUUUCAGCUUUGACCUCCCGGAGCCCACUCCACGCCCCUCGUCCGUGCUUCUGAAUGGUGGCCUGGGCGUGUUGGCUGAAGAGGAUGAAACAGAGUCUGAGGAGGCGGCGGAAGAGGAGGACAGCACCCACCAGCUUGAAGCUGCGCCAUCCGACAUGACUUUGUCAGCCGACGACUCGACGCCUUCAGCACCAACGCCUUCACGCCUUCGUCAACUCCAUCUCGUCUCGUCCGUCUCGUCCUCCGGCCGUCGCAGCUCCAACCCCGAUGUCUUGCAAAGCUUUUCGCGUACCCUCGCCCAGUCGCGUGAGACACCGACGAAGAGUCCUGCGGGGUUUGGAUCGGCCAGCCGUUCAGGUGGACGCCCUCGUCCUCUGGACACCUCGACGGACUGGUUUGGCUCCACACCCAGCCCCAGCAAGCCUAGGCCCUUAUCGACCGGUUCCUACCCGCGCGGCGGCGGUGCUUCGCGCACCAGCUCGAUCUCUUACAAGAAGGACGACAGCGGCAGCGGCUCGUCUCGGGACUAUGGAAGCUCUCGUGGGGAGGACAUGCUAUCGCCGACAUCAUCCAUCGACGAGUCUGGAUCUACCAGGUCCAUGGGCCGUGCUUCGUGUCCGCGUCCCAGGAGUUUAAUCCUCGGUCUCACUGGCACGUCGGGCCGUGUGCUUGGAGAAGUCAGCGAAGCCGACGAGGACGGCGACGACGAAGCGAAUACUCGCGACAGCUUUGACAGCCCGUUCUGGACGAAGAGGGACAGCCGCGACCACAUCGACAUGGAACUCAAACGCGAUGCUCUUCGGGAAGACGUUGACCUCUGGCGCAAACGCUGCAAGGGCCUGGAAGACAAGUACGAGGCUGAACGUCGGGAAUCUGCUGUACUCCGGGAACGCGUGCGCAAGCUGGGCGACCGUCUGCUGACGGUCUCCUCGGCUGCGCCUAGCCGGCCUUCUGCCGCCGAGGAGCACGAAGCCGCUCAAGCUCGCCUCAUUGCGGAGAUGAGGGAGCAGCUAUUCGGCCUGACUGCAGCCCUUGAGCGCGAGCGCAAGGAGAAGGCUGAGGCGGUCGCGCAGGCAGUUGAGCUGCAGGCCAUGCUCGACGCCCUGCACAAGACCCCUCACGUGUCGCCCCACCAACUUCCGUCGACGCCAAAGUCGAGGCAGCACAUGGCUUCGAUCUCUGGUGCCAUGUCGACGCCUGCCGAGGCAUACGAGGAUGCUGAUAUCUACGACGACGUCGACACCUACGAGUACGGUCUCGAGGCCGGCGCCUACAACCAAGCCUACGGCCACGAGGAAAACCAGGACCCCAACUUGAUCCGCAUGCGAGGUGGUUGGGGCUUCCCUCAGGGCCCGGUCGACAAGAGCAGCCGCGAGAGCAAGCGUGAAUCCUUCUUCGGUCUGUCCCGCGCCCGCCCUGUCCGACCUGCUCCGAGCAUCUCUGUCCCCGGCGGACUAGGGUGGGGAACCGCGCAGCCGUCGCCCACGGAGCCAACGUUCGAUCUGCCGCCGUUCGUUGUUGAUGACAGUAACAGCUCCCUAGUGACGCCCAUCUCUCCCACUAAGGCCGUGUACACCAGCAACGGAACUGGCCGCCCCCGCCCCAUCAGCGCCAUCGGCCGUCCGCCUCCCUCGCUCUCGUCUUUCACGCACACGACCCACACGACAUACUCGACCCACUCCACGCACACCUCGCAACCACCGGCGCAGACGACACCGGAGCGCCAGCUCGCGAGUUCGGGAUUCGGCCUCAGUUUCCUCUCGGGUUACCUCAGUCGAUCGACGCCGCCGCAAGUGCCGCUGAUAUCCAUCACGCCGUCCAGCGUCUCGCCUAAGAGGCAGCUCACGACGCUCGUCAAGCAGUCGCGCAGCGACCGGCAGUACGGCUCUGUGGCGCCCGGGUGCGACAUUGACUUCCGACACAGCUGCCGGCGCUGUACCGGCGAGAUCAUUGAACUCUAG